AUGGCUUCGCAACCUGGCAGCGCACGAACCUUGGAGGUUGAUCAGCGCCCAGUGCGAUCAGCGGCAGCUGGAGGCAUUCGCAGCUGUGGAGCUGUAGGGAAUCCGAAAAGGUCCGGCGGCUCUGCGUUUGUGCUGAACGUCUUUUUGCUAGUUACAGUGGUGAUACUUGGCUGCGCAAACAUCAUUGCCAAGCAGAUUGCAGCUCAGCCGCUGAAGCGUUACUCCUAUAUGCUGACAUUGGCCGUGCAGAUCGCGUACCUGCCGCUGUACUGGUCGAUCCUCGGGCUCCUGCUGCUGGUUGGCGCCGUCCCGCUGGAGCAAUUUCGCUUCGUUUGGCAGUGGCAUGGAUCCAGGGCCCCUGGUUUGGCUUUCUUCGCAGCUUCUGCACUAGGAGAUGCCCUGGGCGACGGCAUCCAUGCAAUCUGCACGGACCAUGUAAGUGGCCCUCUGCAAAGCCUCGCGAACUCCUUCAUCUCGAUCUUUAUCGCCGUCCUCUCAAUGUGUGUCUUUCAAGAGCGCUACUCUCUGAUGCAGUGCUUGGCUCUUUUGGCGGUGCUUUCGGCUGUGGUCGUGGGUUUCCUCCCGUCGCUGGAGGGCCACAGCAACACCCAGCCCGAGUUCGCCAUCAUUUUUGCAGGCAGCUGCUUCUUUUAUUCCGCUUCCUUUGUGAUCAAGGAGCUCAUGUUCAAGCGCUUCAAGGCUUGGCAGGAAGCUCCCCAUCCUGGCGGUCCUGAAGCUCGAAGCGGCCUGAGUGGCCUGAACAUCUUCGUCAUGAACGCUCACCUAGCUGUCUUCCAGCUUCCUCUGACGGUUCUGCUGCUACCACUGAACGAGCUUCUGAAGCAGACUGAUGGCGAAGGCAUUUUGGCCUUUUCGAGGGAAGCCUUUGCCUGCGUGUUUGGUGGCAGCUGCGGGCCAGACUCCAACCAUCCAGAGCUUGCAGGACGUUGUGUGGCCACUUACGUGUUGCUCAACGUUCUCUGGAACUUGAGCAUGGUUCUGGCCGUGAAGCAUUCAGGCUCGCUCGCCACCAACAUCGCCCUGAAGGCGGUGUUCCCUGUGUCUACUGUCCUCUUUGCCUAUGUGGACUGGCCUUUGCUCGGGCAAACAAGCCUCUCUUGGCUGGUGUGGCUCUCCAUCCUCAUCCUGCUGCCCUCCAUCGCAGCCUAUCAGUGGGCAACGGACCUCCAGGCACAGCGCACACGGGCGACAUGCUGCUGGCCCCUCUUCGCACAGCUCUCUUCCUAUCCGCUGCUGGAGCCUUCGCUAUCGCAGUGA